GCCGCCGCCGCGGGAGGGGCGGGCCCGAUGCCGGCCGUCUCCUUGCCGACGGAGGAGGGCUCGGAGCCGGGGGCUGCCCGGCGAGGCGCGCGGAGGGGCGGCAGCGGCCGGGCUCCUCCCAGCGCGGGCAGCCGCAGCCCGAAUCGGGGAUCUGGAACUCAGACUUGUUUCCCUGCCAGAGUGUUGCAUUCUGUUACCUAUGGUGAGAAGAUGAUCUGCUGCAUUUUGGACAAGCUGAAGUUUGGAACGCUGGAACAUAAAGAACCCAUUAAGAAGCAUAUUACAAUAGUUAAGAGGAGAUGAAGAGCUGUGACAAUUAUCUGGAGUAGAAUGGAAGCUUCAGUAAUAUUACCCAUUCUGAAGAAAAAAUUGGCAUUUCUUUCAGGAGGGAAGGACAGAAGAAGUGGCCUCAUUUUGACAAUUCCAUUAUGCCUUGAACAGACGAGUAUGGAUGAGCUGAGUGUCACACUAGACUACCUUCUAAGUAUCCCAAGUGAGAAGUGUAAAGCGAGAGGAUUUACUGUGAUAGUGGAUGGCAGAAAAUCUCAAUGGAAUGUGGUAAAAACAGUUGUGUUAAUGCUACAGAAUGUUGUUCCAGCUGAGGUGUCGCUUGUUUGUGUAGUAAAACCAGAUGAGUUUUGGGAUAAGAAGGUUACACAUUUCUGUUUUUGGAAAGAGAAGGAUAGACUUGGCUUUGAGGUUAUUUUAGUAUCUGCUAACAAGCUGACUCGCUAUAUAGAACCAUGCCAACUAACGGAAGAUUUUGGAGGAUCUCUCACUUAUGAUCACAUGGAUUGGUUAAAUAAGAGGCUGGUAUUUGAAAAGUUCACAAAAGAAUCAACGUCCUUACUGGAUGAGCUUGCUCUAAUUAACAAUGGAAGUGAUAAAGGAAUGCAACAAGAGAAAGAGAGAUCAGGAGAUUUGAACUUCCUUCCAUCAGUUGAUCCUGAGACAGUACUGCAGACAGGUCAUGAGUUACUAUCUGAGUUACAACAGCGUCGAUUCAAUGGCUCAGAUGGAGGGGUAUCCUGGUCUCCAAUGGAUGAUGAACUACUUGCUCAGCCACAGGUCAUGAAGCUAUUGGACUCACUCAGAGAGCAAUAUACCCGCUACCAGGAAGUUUGCAGACAACGUAGCAAGCGCACACAACUAGAGGAGAUUCAGCAGAAGGUAAUGCAGGUAGUCAAUUGGCUUGAAGGACCUGGAUCAGAACAGCUAAGAACCCAGUGGGGAAUAGGUGAUUCAAUUAGAGCUUCGCAAGCUUUGCAACAGAAACAUGAAGAAAUUGAGAGUCAGCACAGUGAGUGGUUCGCUGUUUAUGUUGAGCUUAAUCAGCAGAUAGCAGCUCUUCUAAAUGCAGGGGAUGAGGAGGACCUUGUGGAAUUGAAAGCAUUGCAGCAACAGCUGAGUGAUGUGUGUUACCGGCAGGCCAGUCAGCUGGAAUUCAGGCAAAAUCUAUUACAAGCAGCUCUUGAAUUCCACAGUGUUGCCCAGGAUUUGUCUCAGCAAUUGGAUGGCUUACUGGGAAUGUUGUGUGUAGAUGUAGCGCCAGCAGAUGGAGCAUCAAUUCAACAAACUUUAAAACUACUGGAAGAGAAAUUAAAAAGUGUUGACUUGGGCUUGCAAGGCUUACGUGAGAAAGGUCAAAGUCUUCUUGAUCAGAUAUCUAACCAGGCAUCCUGGGCCUAUGGAAAAGAUGUGACCAUUGAAAACAAAGAGAAUGUGGACCAUAUCCAAGGAGUGAUGGAAGAUAUGCAGCUUAGAAAACAAAGGUGUGAGGAUAUGGUGGAUGUGCGGCGACUGAAGAUGCUUCAGAUGGUACAGCUAUUUAAAUGUGAAGAGGAUGCUGCUCAGGCAGUAGAAUGGUUAAGUGAACUGCUGGAUGCUCUGCUGAAGACACACAUCCGAUUGGGAGACGAUGCUCAAGAAACAAAAGUUUUACUGGAGAAGCAUCGAAAAUUUGUUGAUGUUGCACAGAGUACUUAUGAUUAUGGGAGACAGUUACUGCAGGCAACUGUUGUCCUGUGCCAGUCCCUGCGAUGCACUUCAAGGUCCUCGGGAGACACACUUCCAAGAUUGAACAGAAUGUGGAAACAGUUUACGAUAACCUCUGAAGAAAGAGUGCACCGUCUGGAAACAGCUGUUGCAUUUCAUUCAAGUGCCGAAAAGAUUUUGCAAGAAUGUCCAGAGCAACCUGAAGCUUUCAAUGAAAUGGAGCAAUUUGAUGAAAUUGAAGCAGUUGGGAAAUCACUGUUGGACAGACUAACAGUGCCUGUAGUUUAUCCUGAUGGGUCUGAGCAGUACUUUGGGAGCCCAAGUGAUAUGGCUUCUGCAGCAGAACACAUUAGAGAGAAGAUGAAGCUAGUUAGCCUGAAAAAGCAGCAGCUGAGACAACCAGAUGCAACUACCCCAGAGAGCUAAUACUUACCAUUGUCUAUGAAUUCAUAAUAGGACUUCAGUUUGUAAUCCAGCAUGUUGUUUGCAUAUUACAGAAUUUGGCAUAAUAUAGUAAAAUGCAUUUCACAGCUAUUGUAAGUCUUAUCUUAUUUUCAAAGUAAAUGUUCUCAGCAUAUUAAUGCUGUACAUCUAUCAAGCCAUAAUUAUUUAACAUGCUAUGAAACCAUAGAUUCCAAGUAUCUUAUGAAAAGGAACUGUAAACUUUGCACUGAAAUUUUCUGUAAAGCUUUACCGGACCUGUCAGCUGCUGCUUAGUUAAACAGCUGAUAAAAGCUUUGAAUGGUGCUAAUGUGUUAGGAGUUCCGUAUUAUAAAAUUGUAGUUCUUUGCUUCCCCCUCUGCCCAGGUGAUGUUGUAAUUUUAGACUGGAGGUAAAGUUCCUGCAGUAUAGACAGUGGUGACCCUAUAAUUUUAAUUUUAAAUCCUUUUUUUUAAAAAAAAAAAGUUCAUUUUUAUUGUGCCAGUAUGCAACCUGUCCAUCAAAUCUUUGAUAUAUCAAAUUCAUGAAACAGAUGUUUUCCUAUUUGUAAUGAUAAUGUAUUAAAAGCUGUUUGUGCUUAAUAAAAAUCAUCUUUUUAAAAUCUAUUAUAAAUUUCUUAUGGUCUGUAUUCCCAAAUGUCAUUUGUGUUAUAUCCGUGGUAAUGGUAGUAAAAAUCGUCACUCCCACAAUAUAUUUAAAAAGUCUGUAUAAUUUUUCUUGCGAAAUACCCUUUAAUACACUGUAGAUAUAAGGGGAACUGCUCUUGAUCUAUUAGUAGAAAUGAGUCUGUGGGGUUUUAUUGCUUUCUGAUAGCAGUAUGUAUGCUUAAGUAAAAUAGUAUGUGCGUAAGUCUGUUAUAUUAGUAAUAGUUUUGUUACCAUGUAAGACUGGUACACAUCUCUUGUGCUUAUUUCUAAAUCUUGUUUUCAUUUGAAUGGAAAAUCUUGAAUAAUAUGAAUAUCCCUGGUAGCACCUGUGAGGUUAAAGAUUUCCAUCUAAUGAAAAAUGAUUAACAUGUAGGUCAUAAACAACUUAAAACCAUGAGAUUAGUAGUAAAAUGAAAUUUAUUCAGAGAAGAGAAUUGGACUGAAACAAAAUGAGCUGUGUGCAUAAUUUGGGUAACUUCUUUCUCUUCAGGAUUUAAGGUGGAUAAAUUCAAUAUUAUAUUUACUGCAACAUGGUGUCAUGUCUGACCGUUUGAGAAUAAUGUGAAGCAAACAACUCUUAAGUCUGAGUAUCUUUUGUUAUCUCACUAUAUUUUGCUCACAAUGAAGAUAAUGCUCUCUUCCUGCAGGCGCAGUUGUUACUCUGCAGGUUUUUUUGAUGGAUCUGUCAUUCAACUAUUAUAUUUACUUAUUCGUCUUAGUUUUUCCACAUUUUCUCCGCAGGAAAGUGGUAUGUCAAAGCAAUUUCUCUAUUAAAAAUAAUUCAAAAUUAAUGGCUUCUCUGUAACUUG